GUUGAAAAUGUGGACAAAAACAAAGAAUGGUGAUAAGAGGAGACGUCGUCCUCUUGUUUUGACAUUCCCCCUCAGGCCUUUCAGCUGGGAUGCUGAGAGGUUUUCAAAAGUGCUUCGCUUCUUCCGAAGAGCUGCGCAGUAGAUUUGCGAUGGCUGCUGCCAUGACGUCACUCAACUUGCUGCCCACUGGAUUUCAGUAAUGGCGACCGUGCGGGACAGUGAUACUUCGCUGUGGCUUCACAACAAACUCGGGACUUCCAACGACUCGUGGACAGGCGGUUCAAUAUGCUCUCAACUGAACUGUGAAGUCCUGCGCAACAUCAAGGAGUGCUUUCCGGAUUUGCAGACCCAAGUGAAGCUGAAACUUUUGCUCUCGUUCUUCCACAUUCCCCGCAGAAACAUUGAGGAGUGGCGGACGGAGCUGGACGAAAUCAUUGAAGUGGCCCAGAUGGACACAGAGCAGUGGGUAUCCAUGCUGGCUGAACUUAUGAAGACAUUCCCGUCAAAUGGCACUCUGAACACGGACAUCGGAGAAGUCGAGGAAAACAAGAGAAUUUUUUCAGAUUUAAUCAACGACUUGAAAAAACUUGUCAAAAAACAAACAGACACCGGAAUGCUGCCCUUGGAGUGUCAUUACCUGAAUAAAGCCGUUUUGAAUAAUUACAUCGGCAACUUGCCUCCGAUCACAAAGCACUUCCAGCUGAGACGGAAACCGAAGUCGGCUGCCCUCAGAGCGGAAUUACUGCAGAAGUCUGUUGACGCUGCCUCUAAUGUAAAGAAAACUACCGCCAUGACGAUUCCACUCAGAUCAAGAGGAAUGCCAAGAAAACUAACCGACACCACCCCCUUGAAGGGAAUUCCAAGUCGAGUGCCAACUGGUGGUUUCCGUGCUCCAGGAACGAACACGCCUUCUAGACCUGGUAUGAUCAGACCACCUGCUGGUAGAAAAGAUGGAGGUAUAAAACUGCUGGACAUCACUGAACAGCCACUUGGAUAUGCGGCAGCAAAGAAAAGAAAAAGAAUGCAAGAGAUGGAAGAAGCAAACAAAAAAGCAGCAGCUGCCGAGGCAGAAAAGGCAGCCAGUGCGACACCAGACUACGCAGCAGGUCUUGUUCCGUCAAAUCCUCCAACCCCUGCGCCAAUCUCGGCUCCGGCCACUCCUGCGCCACCUGCAACCUUUGCGACUCCCGUUCCAGCCACUCCAGUUGCCCCCAGUACUUCUCUCCCUGCAACAGAGAGCCUGCUGCAGCCGAGUCCCGCAACCCCCAAACCGAGCAACUACAUUUUAUCGACGCCAGUGUCUGUGCUCGGAAGGCCGACGCUGGUGCUCACCCCUGCCGCCCCCUCGACGCCAGUCUCCACAAAGACUGCGGUGGCCCGCGUGACCACCACUGUGGCUGGCCCCACCACACAUGUGAUCCAAAUGACCCAGGCGGGCACCGUGCAGCAGGUCAUCAGACAGCCAGUCCAGCAGCCGGUGGUUGCCCAGCCUUCGGCGGCUCCAGCCGUACCUGCUCCUGCAGCGGCUGCACCUGCAGCUCAAGCCCAACCCGUCAAGAAAGGACUGUCCCUUACAAGAGAGCAAAUGCUGGAAGCCCAAAGUAUGUUCAAGACUGCCAACAAAAUUACGAGAGCAGAGAAGGCGCUUAUCCUGGGAUUUAUGGCUGGUUCAAGAGACAAUCCGUGCCCUCAUCUGGGCAGCAUCAUAACCAUCAAGUUGAGCGAGAACCAGGAGGAUGUGAUGCAAAACGAUACUUAUGUGCCUAUGGUGGCUGAGACACACUUCCAGAUGAAUUAUAACACCGGCGAGUGGAAGAGAAUGAAGAAAUACCGCAAGCCCGACGAGAUCCCGAACACACAGAUCGUAGUUACGCAACAGACAACCGCCACGCCCCAAGUGCCUGUGUGAUAGCCAGCCUGUUGACAGGGACAAUUACAUCAAUCAUUCAUUCAUUGUUUAAAAUUAUGCGAGUCAAAAUCAGUGUCUAUGGAAUAUUAUGUUAAGUAUAUAACAUGCACAUAAUUAAGACAUUAAUCGCAAUUAUUAAGUAGUGACCAAUUAAUUGAUUUAGUAUAUUGUGUUUGUACAAAUUUCAGAUAGAAAUUAACUAAUUUACUUGUUUUCAAGGCUAAAUUUUAGUUGGGAAUAUUUUUUGUUACUCUUAGUUCAUUUUAUUAAAAUGGAUAUCAAAUGAUUUCCAAGCUUUUAUCACCACACAGCCUGUAGUA